CCCACAGCAGAUCACAGAGAGAGACUGCAAUCUACAGGAGGUCAGAUAGACUGCAAAACACUGCCGAUCAUAGAGAGACUAGCAAGCCACAGCAGAUGAGAGAGAGGAGAAAGAGACUGCAACCUUGAGCAACAGACAUGACACUGAGUAAAGAGGGAUAAAAAACUGCAACUGCCAGAGACUACAGGAGAGGUAGAGCACAGACGUCCUGCUGGGGCAGUGAUGGAGCAGUUCGCAGAGCCCCCCCUAAGUCUGGUGAAGCUUUUAGAACAGGUGGAUUUGCGCUUGGCUUGUGCAACCUGCAGCAGAAAGAAGCAAGGAAUUACAUACAUCUACACUCCUGUGAAGCACAGCUGUUCUGCACAGCUUCUCCUUGCAAAAAAUAAAAAUCGUAGUAAUGAGACUGAUUGGUCUGAAGUGAGGCAGUGCCCAUCCUAUCCACUGCCUGCGCGCUAUGCUGUGUGCUGGCACUAUCGACCUGCAAAGGGCUGCAUCAGGCACCAACAGAACUGCACAUUUGCCUGGUCUGAGGAAGAAGUUCUUGUCUGGUCUUUUGAAAGGAAAAACGAUUUUGAAAGACACCAUCUUAGAUCCAUGCUACUCCCAACACCAUUGCCAGCCACUACCUUAAGUGAACCCAAAAAUUGGAAAGAUAUUUUGAGCCUUUUUGGGGGCAAAUUCCAGGACAUUUGCGAGCAAUGCUUUUAUCAGAGCCCACCAAAGGUCACCCUUACUGAUUUAUGCCAAUGCCAUCCUCGCCCAAUGCCGCUUCUUGCUCACAUUAUCAUUGAUGACACCAAGAAGCAAUGCAACAUUAUCAGUCCAUUACCAUCUUUCCACCAUAUCCGCUUGUGCAGCCAACGUUCUCGUGGGCUUUUCUGUAGAACAGAAAAAGGGCAGUGCCCAAAUGCCCACAGCGAAGUGGAGCUUGCAGUUUGGAAAGCAGAGCAAAACUAUGGACUCGCCCGUGGUAAGAUCAAGGAGAACCAGGAGUUGAAUAUGGGCUUUUACUGUCGUCUGUGCCUGGUUACUACCAACACCCAAGAAAGUUUUGAGGUGCAUUGUGCUUCUUUGGAACAUGCUCGCAUGAUGGCAGCUGAUUGCUUGUCGGUAUGGUAUCACCGUGCUCCACCACUAGGCAUGAGUCGAUUUUCUCUCUGUGAAAGCCCUUUGCAGUGUAUAUAUGGUAAUGCAUGCCAGAAAGCUCACAGCCAGGAGGAGUUGCAGGAGUGGAUUCUUAGGGUCAAAGUCACCAGGCGCAAUAAGCAGUUGGUGGAGGAAGAAGGCCUCCAGUCUUACCAAGACCGUCUGGUUCAGGAGUAUCAGCUCUGCAGCAGCGAAAUGGAAGUGCUUUCAGAAGAAGUUGAAGGUGUUAAAAUAUCGUGUAACCAUCCGCUGAAAAUUCAUUCCAAGCAGAAACCUGUACGGAGCGCAUGGGAUUUCACCCUGCAUUCUAAGAUGCCACUCCUCCAUGUUGCCCUGUUGAAGACUGAUCCGGGAGCUGUCUUCUCUUUGGAUGCUAAGGGCCACCAAAAACCGUGCCAUUACGCUGGAGGCCAGUGUUUCCUGGUGAAAGGGUCUCGAACACAAUAUAAGCUGACCGUACAGGUCCAGUGUUCUGUCUUUGGAGUUUUCGAGCAGUGGUUGGCUCUGGAUUUUGGAAUUCGUCCGGUUUUGCUUCAGAAGAUCCUCAUGCAGGUUGGUGGUCAAGAAGAAAAACUAAAGCACCAGGCUGAGGCCUCAGGUCAAGGGGACGGACAAGAGUCAUCCUUAGAACGAUGGAACCCUGGCAAUCUCUUAUGCAUUCCAUGCAAGGAGAGGACGCUAGAAGAGAAGAAUCUCUUGGAAAUGUAUAAACCUCCAUCCAUGAAUCCAUGUUAUGUUCCAACAACCGUUGAGAGGAAGCCGCUGACGGUGGAAAACUACCGCCAAAUGAUGCACGUUAGUCUACUCCAAGAAGAAGCAGCAAGAGAGCAGGUGAUAUCCAGGUUAAACAUGAAGGCUACAGUGACUUUAAGUAAGAUGGUGAAUGCUCAGAAUGAAAUGAAGAUUUCCCAGAAUGGCGAGCUCUUUGCAGAGGUUCCUUUGCCUACAGGGAUGACUCAGGAUACUCAAGAAGGAUAUUUAUUGCAGAGAUCUGUCAUGACCGCUCUUAUUGCCCCCUGCCCUCGGCAGAAUAACAAAGUCUAUGAAGUCCACGUGGACCACACUGCACAGUUAGAGGACAGGAUUUUACUGAGGAUUACAGAGCGAUGCUGCACAGAGCUGUCUUUAGAGCAGAAUACAAGUGCCCAGUUGGAGGUCCAGUUUCAGAUCGAUCGUCUGCCUUUCUGUAUUUACCAUGAAGCAGUUGACCGCCUGUUAAAUGAGAAGUUAUUGCUGCCAGACCUUUCAAAGUGCCGCACACCCGACUACAAGGGACACAUGGCAUGGGGCAACAAGAAACAGCAACUGGCAAUCUCUUACAUUGCUGGAUCAAUGACAGGGAAAGAGCCAGUAGCCCCUCUCCUUAUAUACGGACCAUUUGGUACUGGAAAAACAUCAACAAUGGCCAAAGCCGCUUUGCAGGUGAUCAAACAACCUCACACCAGAGUGCUGAUCUGCACCCACAACAACAGUGCCGCCGACCUUUAUAUCCAGGAACAUUUCCAUCCAUAUGUAGUGUCUGGCCACCCAGAGGCAACUCCCCUGAGAGUGAAAUCUACAUAUAGUCCUACAAACAGAACGCACCAUGUUACACUUCAGUACUGCUCUCUCAGCUCCGAUCAAUCCACCUUUGUUAUCCCCCAGCAAGACCUUCUUAACAAGUACCGCAUUGUUGUGACAACGGCUUUCAUGUCCCGAGAUCUUAAUGUGCCACGGGGUUAUUUCACCCAUAUCCUAAUAGAUGAGGCAGCGCAAAUGAUGGAGAGCGAGGCAUUGAUACCAUUGGCAUUGGCAAACCAUCAUACUCGUGUGGUUAUAGCCGGAGACCACAUGCAGGAGACCCCGCGAUUCUUUAACCAAAGAGCUGGAGAGGAGCACACCCUACUCACCCGCCUGUUCUUUCAUUACCAAGGUGAAGACUGUCCAGGGGCCAAAAGUGGACGUAUCAUCUUCCACCAAAACUACCGCUCUGUCCCUGACAUAAUUUCCUUUGUAUCACGAUGCUUCUAUGUUGGCCGAAACGAUGCUAUUGAGGCUUGUGCUGACAAACCAAUGAGACCUCCACAAGAUAGCCAUGCACUGGGGCUUUACCAUUGUCAAGGCCCAUGUUCUCUUGAAGGGAAUUCGUGGGUUAAUCAAUCGGAAAUGUUGCAAGUGGUUGAGGUUGUCAGAGACAUUGUCGACCGGUGGCCAGAGCAGUGGGGAAAAGUGAACAGAAGUAAAAUUUGUGUGGUGUCCCAUGGAAGUCAGGUGAAGCUGAUACGUCAGGAGCUACGUAAAUUAAGGCUGUCAGAUGUCACAGUUACAAACUAUGACAACAUUAUUGGUUGCGAGUACUUUGCCAUCAUUCUCAGCACUGUUCGGUCUGUGGACAGUCUUCCUGUUCAUCCUCCACCUACUUCCACCUUCAGCUUAGACUUCUUCUGUGAUCCCCGAGUACUGAACACAAUCCUGACACGUGCUCGUGCCCAGGUCAUAGUAGUUGGAGAUGUGGCAGCCUUGUGUUCUUUUGGAGGCUGCAGCCGUAUCUGGAGAAACUACCUGCGGGAAUGUGUGGAGGCAGGAAGUGCUGCACCGGCAGACCUUAAUGUGGAGAACAUAAAACAAGUUGUGUGCCAACUGCAGGCCUGGAGGCAACAGGAAGUGGGGGAAGAGGCUGAUGAGGACAGUGACUCUUGGGAAUCUGACAUAGACAUUAAUUCUGAAGAUGCCAUCCUUCAAGAAUUGCUGGAUAGCAAUAAGGAGACCUUAGUGAGUGUAACAGAGGAGGGAAUUCUGGAAGUGGAGCCAAAACCCAAUACAAAACAUAAUAGAGAGAGAUAUACUAACUUUGCUUCGCAUACCCUAGAGCAGUAUCUCCUGUUACAGCCGAAUGCCUACAAAAAGUGUCUUCUAAUCAAGGAAAACUUUGACCGUGGAUAUGCCGUCACCCUUGAAAGUCCACCCCGACGCAUCUCUGUGAAUGGACGCCUCAACUGUGGUUUAGGAUUUAGUGGUGAUAAAGUUGUCAUUCAGUUGUUAUCACACACCAAUAAUGAAGGUGGAAAAGUGGUCGGGGUCUUAGAGGCAGGAGACAAAAAUCGACGUUUCAUAUGUGUCAUGGACCCUAGGGAUCCUAGCAUUAUGAUUCCCAUUGACAGAACAGUCACUAAGAUUUUUUGUCCAAGAUUUAAAGACAAACCGAACUACAUCCCAAUCCGUAAAUUCAAAGGUCGACAGAUCAUUACAGAACGUUUGGAGAAGCUGGACAAGGAAAAGAGACAGGACGGAUUGUUCCUGGUGGAGGUGAUCUGCUGGCGGGAGGGCUUCUACUACCCCCUGGGCAUUGUAACUCGUAUUAUACCUUCCACGCUAGGUUUAAAACAAGGACUUGACAUCUUAAAUCUGGAAUAUGGUAUCGAAAAUGACAACAGUUAUCCUAUGGAGGUCAUGGAAGAGAUAAAAAAAAUGUCGAAGCCCACCAUAGACAAAGACAGAAAGGACUGCAGAGACGUGCUUACCUUCACUGUUGAUCCCGCACAUGCCAAAGACUUGGAUGAUGCCAUCUCAGUAAAAGACCAAGGUGACUGCUAUGAGAUUGGUGUCCAUAUCACUGACUUGGCAGCUGUGAUUCCUCAAGGAGGAGCCUUAGACAAGGAAGCAAGAAGACGAGGUGUCACCUUCUACUCAGCCAUACAUGACGCUGUCCAUAUGCUGCCACAUAAAUUAUGUUCAGAUCUUUGCAGCCUGAAGCCAAAAUGUGAUCGCCUGGCAAUAUCCCUCUUUGUGAAAGUAAGGAAGGACACGGACGAUAUGGUGGAUGGCUAUUUUUGUCCCACUGUCAUCUGCUCUAGGCGCCAGUUAUCCUACGAAGAGGCCAAUUCCAUUCUGCAAGCAAAGAGAGGAGAUCCUACAACAGUUGACACAGUGGAAGGGUGUUUAUGCAUUGUGGAACACUUUGCAGAAGUCCAUCGGAGGUUCCGUUUGGAGAAAGCUUCCAACUACAAGCAGCCUGAUGAAGAUUAUCCUCCAGGAUCUCGUAAAGCUCAAGGCGUGAUUGAGGAAUUGAUGAUCAUGUACAACAGCUGGGCGGCAGACUAUUUAACCAGUAAUGACAAGUUAAUGAAUCUUGUCCCAGUACGAUGCCAGAAUGGGCCAAGCUUUCCCAAGAUUGAAGAGCUGAGGACAAAGUUUCAGCACCUUUUUCCAUUUUCUGCCUAUCUUUCGCAUCAUCUGCUGGAAGUUCCCGAAUUACUGAACCCCUCAUCUGAUCAUAAAGUGAACAUGCUGACCUCAGUUUGGAAACAGCUGCAGGAUGCAGCAGAAAAGCAUGACCAUGCCAGGAUCACUGACCUUGUAGCCACAGAAGACCUGCACCCACAGCUCUGCUAUGCCGUUCGAGUGUUUCGAAGCCAACUGGGUCGUUCAUUCUUCAGCCGGGCUGCCUCACCCAAUGCCAAUGGACAUUACUCUCUCCAGCUUUGUGCCUAUACCUGGGCUUCAUCGCCCCUUCGACGGUACAUAGACAUUGUGGUUCAGAGAUUGUUCCAAAAGGAUCUUAAAAGGGUGCCAAUGUCACUCCUUUCCCCUGAAGAGAUGGACUUAGUCUGCCUUAACUUUGAUAUGAGGGUAAAGAAAGAGUCAGCCUAUGAGAAGAGAGGACGUGCACUCAAAUUGGCAGUAUCCCUCCAUGAGGAAGUGCAGCAAAAGCAGGCAGUGAUUGUAAAUGCAGAUGCCAGAAAUAAAGGCAUUAAAGUAGUUUUCCCUCUUAAUGGAGACUCCUUGUCGAGUUUAAUGUCUUUAGACUAUAGCAUUUUGCAGCCUGUGGAUCAACCAGCACCUACUGAAAAUGGCUGCAGUUUGUCUUGGAAACGCCGAGUGUAUUCCUACAAUACCUACCGAGAAAAUCCUCUCAAGAACAAAAUACGAAGGGACAUAAUCUCCUUUAAUCCGAAAGCUUGGCAUGAAGCAGUUACAGCGAUAAGUCAGGGUGAGCCAAAGAUGGCAAUAAUUGCCUUAAGUGAAGGUAUUGAACCCUUUGACCCCAUGAGCUUUGUAGACCACAGUCCCUGUGGUCACUACAUGGAAUUAACACUUAAUCUGCACCCUGGCGACUGCCUUCCUGUCCAGCUGUGCAGUGUUCUUGAGCGUGGUUUACCAAUGCCCUGUCCUCAGGUCUGCUCUCCAGCACCAGGUAUAGAGCUUUGCCUGGAACAUACAGCUCGACCUGUUGACUGCUUCUCCAGUCUGGCCAACCGUGCCCCUUUAAAACGCUACCGAAACAUUCAAGAAUAUCAGUCAGUGUGGUUGCCCCUUUGGGGCAUGGAAUCAGUGGCAUCAGCCGUGGCUGAAGGUGGAGGUAUACUCCUCAGAGACGUCCCUGUGAGGUGGAAGACCAAAGGCGACAGUAAGCAAGGGGUGGGGUUGGAAGGAUCCUUCAAACUGUCUUCCCUUUUAAUUGAAAAAUGUGAUCUUGAUAUGGACUUUCGCAACUGCUACCUGUGCAUUCGAAAGGAAGAUCUGCAGAGGGGCAGCACCUCAGACCCCUCGGCAUGUGACAGCUACACCUGGGUGGCACAUGGCCUGACCAAAGCUAAGAAUAAAGUGUCCAGAGAGGAUGGUGGCAGAGUCGCCUUUUACAUACACCAGGCUACCAUGAAGAAUGUUCCUGAAGCAGUUGUCGAAACCCAAGCAACAUUCACUGUGGAGAUCAUCCCAAAACUGCUACCAGAUAUACGGAAAGAAGAGGCUGUGAAUCAACUGAAUGGCGCCUCAGAACUGGCGAAAAGUAUUGUCCUGGGCAAGCAGGUUCCUGAUAAAGAUUUGAACAUUAAGUUUAAGGCACAGAGGUCCUUUACCGUCCCAGAACUUUCCCGAGGCCUAAAUGAGAGUCAGACAGAAGCCAUAAGCAAAGCCUUGACACAGCCCUUCACUCUAAUACAGGGACCCCCUGGUACUGGGAAAACUGUAGUUGGCGCUCACCUGGUUUAUUGGUUCAGUGAAGUGAAUAAAGAUCUUGAGCUAAUGACAAAAGAUGAAGAAAAAGAAGAGGAGGAAACGAGCGGCAGGCGGGUGCUCAUGUAUUGUGGCCCCUCAAAUAAGUCCGUGGAUGUCAUAGCUGAAAAGCUCCUCCCCCUUCGUGGCAAGCUUCGCCUGUUGCGUGUAUAUAGUGAGCAAAUGGAACUGUCUGAAUUUCCAUACCCAGGCAGCAACCUUAGACUAUCUGGAUACCUCAGGGAGGGUAAACCACUGGAAGGUCUUAGACCGAUCACCCUUCAUCACCUGAUCCGGCAGCCCACCAACUCUUUUUCCAUGAAGAUCAGAAAUAUGGAUGCGCGGAUUCAGAGAAGGGAGGAGAUAUCUCUGGAAGAUGUGGCUAAUUAUAAAAAGCUACUGUCCGAUGCUCGGAAACUGGAGCUUGGGCGCCAUGACAUCAUUCUGUGUACCUGCGUGACCUCAUCCAGCAAAGUCCUGACAGAUUUGCCAGUUUCCCAGGUUAUCAUAGAUGAGAGCGGGAUGUGCACUGAGCCAGAGACGCUGGUUCCCAUUGUCAACCACAAGAAGGUGCAAUCAGUAGUUCUGAUCGGUGAUCAUCGCCAGCUGCGCCCUGUGGUCAUCAAUGAUUUAUGCCGCAUUCUGAAAGUUGAUCAUUCUCUGUUUGAAAGAUACCAGGAGCGGGCGCUGUUGCUGAACACACAGUACCGCAUGCACUCUGACAUCUGUACAUUUCCAUCCAAUGAGUUCUAUGAGGGUCGCUUGCUGACCUCACCCUCACUCAACUUGCAGCCCAGUCUCUUCUCCUACCAAAAUCACUGCUGCCCUCUACUGUUUGGGAAGGUGGAUGGAGAGGAACAGAGCCUGGUCGUGACCAGUGAAGAGGGAAAUAUUAACUCUAAAGCGAACAGUAGAGAGGCAGAGCAGGCGGUGCGUCUGGCAAACCUUCUGGUCAGUCGGUCGGUUGCACCUAGAGAUAUCGCAAUCCUGACCCCUUACAAUGCCCAAGUGGCAGAGGUCACCAAGAGACUACACAAUCUGGGAUUGAACGAGGUCACCGCCUGCACCAUCAUGAAGAGCCAAGGGAGUGAAUGGCGAUAUGUCAUCUUUUCCACUGUACGAUCAUCUUCUGCUGAGGGACUGGACUCCCGACCUACGUACAGUUGGCUGCGGCAACAUCUUGGUUUUCUUUCAGAUCCAAACCAGAUUAAUGUGGCACUUACACGGGCCAAGGAAGGACUGUGUGUACUAGGAAACCCUCUUCUAUUAAGAUGUUGUCCUCUCUGGGAACGACUCCUGCAGCACUACAUGCAGAACGGAGUAUUUAUUGAUGUGACCAAUAUCAAUGUCCUUUAUCCACGACGUCGCUGAAUGGUUGAAGACACAAUCACCAGCCAGGAUGCUUCACUUUAGGAAUUACCUCAAUUCUUAACAUUUUACUCAGGAAUAGUGGAACAUUCCAUUGUAGCCCGCAGACGGGUGUAAUUCAUUCUUGCACUUUAAAAAAAUUGUGCUGUGACCAGCGAGUCAUCUUACGUUUUCCAAAAUUUUUAUCCACGUGUAGAUCAUUCCGUCAUCUGGUGUUCACCAGUGUUACACCAGCAUUACUAGCAUUAGAUUGCUAGACCCUCAGGUGAACCCUACUGGCACUGACAUGUAUCCUUACCUCAUUUUAAUAUUAUAGAUGCAUUCCUUUAUACAGAUAUUGUCCCUUUUGUAAAGCUACAUCUGCAGUGAGAUUUUAAUGUGGGCAGUGUUUUAUUUUUUUUUUUUUUAUAUAUAUAUCUUUUAAAAA